ACGGAGAUCUGUAAAGCAACGAUGAAAAUGAUCAAAAACAUGAAGCUCGUAAGUCAGCAGAACCAAGCCAACGCCAUGCCUACCUACGCCAACGUGCUGGCGAGGGGAGGGUUAGCGGCAAGCAUGCAUAACCCACAGAACCAGAAAGCGUCACCUGUCCAGACCCUGUGUGAGAUUAUCAUCAACAUCAGAGACCCCGUCACUAUAUCCAACAUCAGAGCGAUGAGCCCUCGCCCCCCAUCGAUUGAUACCUCAUCCAAACUCAUAUUUGUCCGCGAGUGA